AAUUUUGUUACGCGUUCACAAUAUGGCUGUCCAAAGUACUAAAACACUCUUCCGGAUACCAGUGGUGACACCUCGCUGUUGGCGAUACUGCCGAAUGCUAAACUUCUAAACUGAAAUAGCAACAGAUGAUAUCUAUCGACCGAACUGACAGAUUCGUGUCAGCAAAAGGAGUCAUCAUCAAGAAACUAUUUCUUCGCGUGCCAGUUUGUAACGUUCUGUGGAAACCGCUGCAUUUGGGUUCCAUCGAAAGUUGCAAUGUUGCAAAUGCAAACAAGAUUAAACACACGAUGAGGACGCUUUCAAUAGUCAGGUGAUUCAAGACAUCAUUAUUGUAUCCAAAAGUUGCCUUUAACGUUACGAAAAUGAGGUUACGAUUUCUCAAAAAGAACCUGCUCAUUCUCCUGGGUGUUUCUUUUAUUAUUGCCACUGUCCUGAUCACAACACGUGUUUUAAUUUCUGAUGAAGCCACGGGUGUUGUCGCGCAGGAAAACAUGUUGUCUGAUGACAUGGCAAAGUUUCAGUACAAUUCUGUUCCGGAAUUGAUUAAGUCGAUUUACAAUGCCAAUUACAAGCAAUACGUUCUGAAUGCGGACAAGUAUCCCGGGGAGCCUAAAUUGGUCCUGGUUAUUCAGGUUCACAACAGACCAGACUACCUCAAAAUACUCAUCAAGUCAUUGGAAAAUGCAGCUGAGGUCCACAACAUUCUGCUGAUUUUCAGCCAUGACUAUUUUUCAGAGGAAAUCAAUGACAUAGUGCAAGGGAUGACUUUCUGCAAGGUCUUACAAAUAUACUUCCCCUACAGCACACAGCUCUAUCCCAGUGAGUUUCCUGGGCAGGAUUCACGAGACUGUCCACGAGACAUAUCCAAGGACGAUGCUUUAAAAACAGGAUGCCUCAACGCUGAGCAUCCAGAUUCAUAUGGCCACUAUAGGGAAGCCUCCAUCACACAGAUCAAACACCACUGGUGGUGGAAACUUCACUUUGUGUGGGAGCGAGUGCAGGCUCUGCAGGGUUACAGUGGCUUUGUUGUUUUCCUCGAGGAGGAUAACUUCAUCUUGCCCGACUUCUACCACCUCUUCAAGGAGAUGGUUGGAUACAGGAAGAGCAGCUGCCCUGACUGUGACAUGUUAGCACUAGGCAACCACAACGGCCUGGCAGAGUUUGAUAAGCUCAGCAACAAGGUGCAGACUGCCGGGUGGAUGUCUACCAAGCACAACAUUGGCAUGGGCAUCUCCAGAGAGGUGUACUACAAGCUAAUGGGGUGCAACAAUGACUUCUGCUCCUACGAUGACUACAACUGGGACUGGACCCUCCAGCACCUGUCAGGGACUUGCAUCUCCAAGCCACUCAAAGUGCUGGUUGCCCAGGGGUCCAGGGUUCUUCAUACUGGUAACUGUGGGCUGCACCAGAACAAGGAGGCCUGUCGCCCCGAGCUGGCCCUAAAGAAAGCACAGGAGUCCCUUAAGCUUGCCAAAGCCUCCCUCUUCCCUCAGUCCCUGUCCCUAACAAAUGCAGAUACAGUGGAGCACAAGGCUCACAUUAAAAACGGAGGGUGGGGUGAUAUCCGUGACCAUGUCCUUUGUAAUAACUAUGCCAAACGUCUAUGAACUAUGGACUUCUCGUUCUCAUCUUUUUGAUGUACUGAGAGGAUUGAGGAAAUAAGUGCCAUUUAAAAUGUUCAGGGUUCCAAAGGCUGCAGUGUUAUAUUUCUUGUGGUUUUUAAUGAGGUCUUCCAAGGGGUUAGCUAAAAUGAUGGUGUGUAUGCAGCAGUGUGAUUUAUAGCUUGGUUGUUAUUACCAAAUGUAAUGUGAUUGCCAAAUAUUUUUUUAUUUUUGCUUCCUCUUUUUAUGUAACUGGGUUUGCUUUGUAUUUCUUAAAAAUGAAGACCAACAUUUUAGUUAAAGUAAAGUAAAGCAUUACUAUGUCAGACGUCAUAAAAAUAACAAUGUUUCAGCGCCAGCAGCUAAUUAUUAUGGUACACAUAAACUACUUUACAUAGAAAACAACUGAAUCAGUUAUACAUCCUUGACUUCUAUUACAUGUUAGCUCAUUGCCAUUUGUAUACAUUCUUCAGAACAAAUAAGAGAGGUGAGCCGUUUGCCCAAAUGGGGUGACACUUGUCCAGCUUCAGGAUCCCUUACCCAGCCACACACAAUCUGGAAUAUAAAAUGCCAAUUACAAUAUUUGUGCUUUAAUAUAUUUGUGCUGCAUAUGGUACAAAUAGAAAAACAACAGCAACAGUCAUUGUUCGUGAUGUAAUGCACACACCUAUAGGAUAUAUUGUAUGUAGAAAGUGACAAUCUUGAAAUAGCUUUAUUAUUGUAUAGUUGCCACUAAACCAAUGAUCACUUUGUAUCUGACAAUUGGUUUUACUGGUGAAUUACUUACUGUACAUAAGCUACAGUAUAACAUUUGUUUGACUGAAAUGUGUGGGUAAAAAACCCUAAUGUUUUACAUGGGAACAACAGGAAUUGACUGAUA